UAACGUUGCCCGUUUUAUCCUUAUCGACAUAAUUUUUACGAGAAACAGUCCAGUCAUCGAUUAUUUUAACGUUUUCCUGAUGAUCUAAUUUAAGAUAUAUUUGAGCUUUUAAUUUGAUACGUGAUAAUCAGUUGCUUUGAAUAAGGCAGUCUUAAUUUUAAGGGGCAAUCAGAGGUUCUGAUUUCCAUGUUCUCCUGAGGCUUUGUUGUGAUUUUAUGCGAACAAUCGCCACGCACUAGCUUCUGAGAUUUGAAGCUCAGAAAUCCUCAGAAGCCCAGCAGCGGAAAAGACCUAAAAGACGUUGAAUACUGAAUGGGAAGAUCGAAGAUCCAUCAUUUAUCCAGGCUUCGCUUUUGUGACAGUGAAGACUUUCAUUUCAUAAAUCUUGGCUCUGGAGUUAUGUUGAUCCGGAUCAGUGCCUGACUGCUUUCAUAACACGAUAACACUUCAGUUGCCUAUCGUAAUCCUGCGUUGUUCCUGUUAUGACGUUUUGAGUCUGCCAUCGCCAGCUAUCCCAGAAACUUUGCUUCUUAAACGCAAGUAGUGCGUAUUGCUGCUAUUGCAUAUAAUUGUUUGGAGAAAACCCAGCGUCUUCUUUUUUGCAUAGUGCUGUUGGUACUGUUCGGUGCGAACUGCUUUGUCCUUUGAACUCGCAUUUGUAAUUUCCUUUUGGAAUGCGGUUGGUUCGUGGACUUAUCGGACUGUGACGCUGAAAGUUGCUGAAUAAUAUCUGGCAGGUGAUACCAAGGAGAAGACACAGAAAUGAGCCGAACAGCUCGAAUUUUUCCUAAAGAAUUACAUCUGGCCGAGGAUUUAGAGACGUUAAAUAACAGGCUAAAGGAUGACACAGCCGUACAGAAACUGGAAACAGAGAUGAACAAAAAUACGAAACCUCUGCAAAAGAAAGCUACUGCCACCAGGAUGUUCAACAGCCUUAAAUCACUGGGCUCGGCUUUUGACACUGCUGUGAAGGAAAAGGAUGAAGAACAGGCAUAUUUGUUUGCCAUGCGCUACAUUGAUCUGUACUUUGCUCUGAGAAAGUCGGAACAGUUCCUUGCGGAUCCGAAUUGGCAUAAGAAUGUUCGUCUUUUAAAAGAAGUUGUGACGGAAUCAGAAAGAUUGUCCAGCAGUUUACAAGAGCGGUAUUUAGAGAAACAAGCUGUCAAAGCAGCCGCCAAAGCUCCGAGUGUCGUAAUCCAUCAUGUUUCUCCCGAUGAAGCGAUCUCAAAGAAAGAGAACGUUAAGCCGAAAGUGCGAUCGGAUUUCAAGUCGUCCAUCGACGCGAAAGAGUUGCACCAGUUGCUGAAAGAUCACAAAAAUUCAGUUCUGCUCGUGGAUAUUCGAGAAAGUGAAAACUUUGCCUCCAGCCAGAUUAAGUUUAAUGCAGUUAUCAAUAUUCCUGAGGAAAAGCUGAAUAACAGAAGUAUUAACGCCGGUUAUCUUGGGGAAGUUAUUGAUCCCCGCAUGCAGGACCUGUGGAAAAGGCGGCACACUUUUGACCACGUGGUUUUGAUGGAUGCUAUGGGAGACAUUGAAAAUGUUCCGAAGAUGAUAUCUGAUAUAAGAACUAUUUUAACAGAGUUCUCUGCCGAACCUCUGAAGCAGCCAUCACUGCUACUUGAUGGUGGCUUUUACGACUAUCUAUUGAAGUUCCCGCAUGGCACUACGGACCCAAACGUGUCCAAAAAAGUUCUAAAUGGACCAGCAGUCCCGUCUCUCGACAGCGUGCAAUAUCCUUCCAUCAGUAUAUUUUCCAGGCUGUCACCUCGCGCAUCACCCAUUCCAAAACGGAAAGCCUUCCCAUCUUUGGAGACAGAAAAUAGCGUGUAUGGAUCGUUCUACAAGAAAACCGUGACUUCGGAAUUGUCAGUUCACCAGGAAAGAGUGUCGUCCGACCUUGCCACGUUUCCCGACGUCGUUUCACCUAGCACAUUUUCUGCACCUACUGCUUUUAAACCACUGAGUGACGACCGAAAUCGAACUGGAUCUAUUAAAACAGACCAUGCCAGUGUGGAGCCAUCUACGCCGGUUGCAAACCGCUUACUGAAGCCGAGUGCACAAUAUCCCCCCGCACCGGCGGUAGUCAGUGCAACAAGCGAUGUGGUGCUCGACAAAGGUGAGCCUGCACCCCCAGGCAAGAAGGGUCAGGACGAAUCGUUAUUCAGCAUAACGGAGUUCCAUCCAAAUAUUACGCUGAAAAGAGGGUCGGCUGAUUUAACGGAUUUAUCGAAAUCAAAAAGUAGUGAAUCGCUGAAAGAAGACGGAAUUCGGAAGACACCGGAGGUAUCACGAACAAAUAAACCAACUGUUUCUUCGGAAAGCGUAAAUCCAAAAGUGGAACCAGUAUCCAGAGAUGUUCAGAAAGUUGACCGAGAAAAUUUACCACCAAAGUCCAUGAAUACUGUCCUUAAUGAAAUAUCAGCGAAUACCUUUGACCGGACUCCAGGAAGUCGGCCGCACUCUCCUGGUUUGCCUGCUGGCCAGCGAUACGCUCCUCCGCCGCGUGCUCCGUCACCGGUUGUUAGAGAAAUUCCCAUUGUGCUUGAAGGCGGCACUCAGGAAAAACCGAUUCCAGAGAUCAACAGAACUCUGAAGCCAGACAAACGCGUCACUCAGCCAAGGCAGUUCAAAUUCCCUGACUUCUCUGGAGAUGAUUGGCAUAAACCAUUCUUGAAAGCCAGUGUCUCGAAGCCUGGCUUUACUGGAUUGUACAAUAUGGGGAAUACGUGCUACAUGAAUGCAGUUAUUCAGUGUUUGGCACACUCGGGACCUGUACGGGAAUUGUAUCUGAGCUCGGCAUCGACGGUAAUGGAUUCGGUGAUGAAAGCAUAUGAUCUGCCGCGGAGUACGAAAGGUGUAGUGACCUCGGCGUUUAUCCAAUGUUUGCGAUCAUUGUGGAGUGGUUAUUAUGAAUAUUUUGCUCCGGUCUUUCUCAAGAGUGCACUGGCUAGUUUUAAAAAGGUUUUCGAAGGGAGUGCCCAGCAGGAUGGAUCUGAAGCUUUACAGGAACUGUUGGAUCUACUGCACUGGGACACGAAUUCAGCCAAACUAGCCGGUGCGAGUAGAGAGGAAAGGGUUAAAGCUCAGACGAUUGAAAACAGCGAGAACCUGCCGCCCGAUUUACUUGCUAAAGAAACUGCCAGACGCCACAAACUGGUAAACGAUACCCCUAUCGACUCUAUGCUUUCGUUCAUCCGGGAAACAGUGGUGAAAUGCAUGGCAUGCCGUUAUGAAUCCUGCACAUUCAAUAGCGACCAGAUGCUGAUGAUUGCCCUGGGUGCGGACGAUGGCCAAGUGCUCAGUCUCAGUAAGUUGAUUGCCACGGUAAUGCAGGCUGAUGCCAGCGUUAACCGGUGCCAGUGGAACUGUCCCCGGUGUGCGAGGGAUCGCCCGGCUACACAACAGUUCUUCUUUCGAAGCUUUCCGAAAUUGAUGUUUGUGCAGUUAAAUCGAUUCGGAAAUCCGUAUCUACCAUCGGACCGAAAAGACGAAAGAUUUGUCGUUUGUGAACAAAAGCUAGAUUUAGCGCCUUACUGCCGGCUGCCCAGCUUAACACCACAGGCGCGAUAUCGUCUCUAUGGAGUUGUGGAUCAUUCCGGCACUCUACAGAGCGGACACUACACCUCUAAUGUCCUUCACGCCGACCACAAUACGUGGUUGCGUUUUGAUGACGAUCGGGUAUCGCCGACUUCAGCCCAGAGUGUUGUUUCUGCUAAAGCGUACAUUCUGUUCUACGAAAGAAUAGAUUAGUGAACUCAGUCGAGAACCUAUGUCAUUUGUGUGAUAAAUUUUAAAAUCAUUCGUUAGAGUGCUAAUGUAUUUUCAAAUGAGCUCGUGAGAGAUGUGUUAUAUUUAUUUGCAAUUUUGGAUUUUUCUGGUUUGUUCUUGCUUUAGCAUCAGUUUUUCGAUGGUUUUAAAUUUUAGUAAUGUUUCCACGGUAUCUGACAAAAAUGAUUAUUCAGGUUUACAGAGCUGUAUUGAAAGAAAAACAACAAUGAAAUGCUCAUAUUUCCGUU